AAACAUUUAGGACUGAAGGGAGUUUCCUUGCAGUGCCUGGUGGUGAUGCCGUUGAAACUAGUACAGGAGAUUGCCCAGUUGCUUUUGUUACUCCUGCACCCCAUCGGUAUUAUUGUUCCCCAGAGUGAGGAGCCGUCCACAAUGUUCAUCGUUCAAUAAGAAUACCACUGCUCAGCUUGAUGAACUUUUGGAUCAGCUCAGUAGCAAAGGAAAAAAGCCAGGGAAGGGUAAAGUGCUGCAUCCACUGUCACAUUCCAAAAAUAAUAAUGCCAUAACUGAAGAAACAUCCUUGUCUUCAGAAGAGGACUCCUCUCCUUGCCCGUCUUCCCCGCCAUGCGUGCUGAGUGAUACCUCGUCUCAACCUUUCAACAAGCAUGAUAAAACUGUUCAGGAUGAAGAACAGCUUGUGGCUCCGGCAGUAAAAGACAUAAAUUUAAUCAGCGAUGUGGAUGAUUCACUGUGGAGUGAUGAGCUUAAUAUGGGUAUCUGUGAUAUUAGUGGAAUUAAUAUAGUGUGUGACACAGACAUCAGACAAUCUGUGAGAGAAAAAGUAGAAGUAACAGCUAAUGAAAGUGAUAAAGACAGUGUAAUAGAUAAAGUAAAAGUAGAUACUAUUCUGUCUGCAGAUAUAUUUGAUGAUGAUCUGUUUAACGAAUCUGUGAUACGAACAACACAAGCGAUGGAGGAAGCCCUUACUGAUAUAGAUGAAAGUAAUGUUUUGUCAAGUGUGACUGAAGAGAGGUGUGUAAAAGUAUCUGAAAUUCUGUUUGAAAAUUUCCAAGAGCAUCAUGAGUCAGAGAAAAGUGCUCUCCAGUCUUUAUCCGGGGUAAAAGUUAUUGGGGCUGGUCAGAAAAACUCCUUAGAAGAGCAAUGUAAACCAAAUGAUAAUUUUAGUGACAUUGUCGAUGGUAAAGCUAGCAACAGACCUUUCAAAAAUGUCACUGAUACCAUCUAUAAAAGUCACAGUGCCACGUACCAUGAUAAUAAACAGAAACCUUGCCAAAGUAUCAAAAACAGUAACAAUGAAGGUAAAAUAAUUACUUUUGGUGACCAGAGUAGAUCCAACACUUCCCAUAUUAUAAAGAACCACAGCAUUUCUGGAGGUGAAAGUAGCUGUACUCCAAUCCUUGCCAAGACUUGCUCAUCCCUUAUAAACAAUUCUCACCGACAAAGUAGAAAAUCAUUUCGGUUAGAGUCUAAUCCUCAGACGUGUUCUAGGACAAAAACAGACAAAAUUUCACUUGUGCUUAAUGUUAAAUCAAGUACUGAUAGUGAAAGUAAGUCUGUGCAAUCAUCUAAGAAUCAUAAAUUGAAUAAAGGAUCAGUUAAUUCUAGUGUUCAUUUUACUUUAAGCAGCUUACCAUCAAGUUCACCAUUACUUAGGAAUAGUGAAUGUAAUAAUGAAUCUGCCAGACUGACAAACAAAGGCCAGACAAUGAGAGGGUUAUUGUUACGUUCUCACUCAACCAGUAAUGCUAAAAUUUCUGGUGGUGAUGUGUCAUCAGCUGUACAGCGAAGCAAAAGUUCUAUAGCUGGAGACUUUUCCCGAGAAUUUGAAGAUGACGAUGAAUUCUUUGAGUCAUUGGUGUCACAUCUCCCAGAAGAUGGGGAAGAAUUGAUUAAGAACACCCACUUCCAACAAGGAACUACAGGUUGUAUACCAAAAUGUAGAAAAGUGGCAGCUGCUAGAUGUAAACCUAAAUUUUCUUUUAAAGAUAGUUCCCUUCAAUCAUUCCGAGACAACCAAGAGGACAAUAAAGAAGUAGUCCAAGAAAAAAUGUUGCAGGUUGUCAGUGGCACAACUUUGGAGACUCCAAAUCUAUCAGAGUCAUUUGUAGGAGGCAGAAGAAAUCAAAGGAGCUUCAUCCAUAGCAAACAAGCCAUGACUUCCUGCCCACAGAAUUCAAAACCCUGCAACAAUAAACUGCCUUCUGUUAAUAUGGAAAGAUCUUUGGACUCACAACUAGAGGAAGAUGAGCAAGGAGACAGUAAGGCUUGUCAUCAUGUCAGUACGAAAACAACACGACGUGCUAGUGAAAUCCUCGAUGAUGAUCUCUUUGAAGAUGAUGUCCUUUCAAUAAUAGAUGAAGUGGAAUGUGAGUAAAUUAAAGUUUCAAUCAGA